UAUUCUGACAUUGAACAAUAUAUUUUAUUAUUUUUGAUAGUGCAACAUGGAAAAUACUUUCGAAGAACUUGGUCUUAACGAAUGGCUGUAUACUCAGUGUAAAGCUAUGGGGCUUUCCAAGCCGACUCCAAUUCAAAUAAACUGUGUUCCUCCAAUUCUUGAAGGUAGAGACUGUAUAGGAUGUGCCAAGACAGGAAGUGGAAAAACAGCAGCAUUUGCAUUGCCAAUCUUACAGAAACUGUCUGAGGAUCCUUAUGGAAUAUUUGCUUUGGUAUUAACACCAACUAGAGAGUUGGCCUUCCAGAUAGCUGAACAGUUUAAUGUAUUAGGAAAACCAAUAGGUGUUAGAGUCACUGUUAUAACUGGAGGAUUAGAUAUGAUGAAGCAAGGGAUAGAUUUAUCAGUUAAACCACACAUUGUCAUUUCUACACCAGGCAGAUUAGCAGAUCAUUUACAAAGCUGUGAUACAUUUAGUUUGAAGAAGAUUAAAUUUCUGGUACUGGAUGAGGCAGACAGAUUGAUAGAAGAUGAUUUUGGUGAACAGCUGGAGGUAAUAUUUGAAGUUUUACCAAAGAGGAGACAGACAUUACUGUUUAGUGCUACAAUGACGAAAAACUUGGAAGACAUGCAAGAUUUAGCCAUGACAAAACCUUUCUUCUGGCAGCAAAUAUCUCAAGAAUCAACAGUUGAAUCGUUAGAGCAGUAUUAUAUCCUGAUGCCUGCAGAUGUGAAGGAUGCCUAUCUUGUUCAUACACUCGACAAAUAUUUAGAGAAAAACAAGAAAAGUUCAGUUAUUAUAUUCACCAAUACUUGCAAAUACACACAGAUUCUUGGGAUUAUUUUAUCAGAGCUUGGCAUUCAGUGUGUGGUGUUACACUCAAUGAUCCGACAGAAGGAAAGAUUAGCCUCCCUUGCUAAGUUUAAAUCAAGUCAAGUCAGUGUAAUGAUUGCUACUGAUGUGGCUAGCAGAGGAUUGGACAUUCCGACAGUAGAUUUGAUUAUUAACCACAACGUACCAAACAGACCAAAGGACUAUGUACAUAGAGUUGGACGUACUGCUAGAGCAGGAAGGUGUGGUAAAUCAAUUACCAUGGUAUCACAAUUUGAUGUGAAAUUGGUUCAUGCAAUAGAAGCUUUUGUCAAAAAGAAGAUGGAAGAAUGGCCUGUUGAAGAAAAAGAAGUCAUGAAAAUAUUAGUUGAAGUAGCAACAUCUAAAAGAGAAGCUCAGAUUAGAUUAGAUGAGAGAGAUUUUGGUGAGCAGAAAGAAAUAAAUAAAAGGAAAAGAAUGAUAUUGGAAGGAAAGGAUCCUGAAAAAGAAGAACAAAAGAAACAGAAGUUUAUAAAGGAGAAAACAAAGGAAAGAAAGAAGGAAAGAGACAUGAAGAAAAAAGAGAAAGUUUGAUAUCCAAAUCUUACAGUAACAAGCAUUCUGUGAUAAUGAUGACCUAUUAAAAAGGUCAAAGAAAGUUAAGCAUACCAACUUCUGAAUCUGUAAAAGAUAAUAUGUUAUAAACUGAUGCUGACAGUGUCAUACAGUUAUAGCUGGUAUCAACUAAUAAGCUGGAUGUUCCUUUAAAACUGUCAAGAAUUAUUCCUAAUUUAAUCUAGUCUGGAAAAUAUUGAUCAAUUUAAGAUUCUGUCAAUUGCUUCAUUGUCUUUGAUGUGCAAACCAUUUUCUGGUCAUUAAUCAUCACAUCUAGAGAUGUAAGCUUCUAACUAUCAUAACAAAAUGCCAACCACUAAUAGUUAUUUCACAGCCAUCUUGUAUGUCAGGCAGAAAUAAUUGUCCUCAUUUUAGUCAGCUGUUAUACAUAGUUCUAAAUCAACACAGUUCAAAGAUAUUAAACUAGACCAAACUGAGAAAAUGUCAUAAAAUCUGCUCUUUUCUUCUCUUGAAUUUCUUUUUCCUGAAGAAAAAUCAGAAAAGUUAAUUAGUGGUAAUAGAUAAGAGUACAAAUGCUUAAUUCUACUUGAAAAUAUGUCUAUGCUCCUAACACUGCUAUUAGUCAUAAUGGAAAUUGAAAAUAUCAAAUCAAAUGACUUCCUCAAUAUCAAAUAAAUAGCAUUUACAUAUAUGUAACAUCCUCACCAUAAAUAAUUAGAAGGUUUUAUUUGAUGAAAACACCUUUAGUGCAUUUUACUUUUAUAUUACAUUGAUAAAUUGAAUAUCUAAGGUUAUUUCUAAUGUGUAAUACAUGUAUGUAAAAGUGUUUUUUUGUCGAGCCUGCAAGCUCGACAUAGGGAUAGUGAUCCAGCGGCGGUGUUAGCUCACUUUUUAAAAGCUAUAUAUUUUAGAAGGUGGAAUACCUGGAUGCUUCAUAUUUUGUAUAUAGAUGACUCAUGUUACGAAGUUUCCAUCAGUCACAUGAACAUUGUCCUUGACCUCAUUUUCAUGGUUCAGUGACCACUUGAAAAAAAAGUUCAGUUUUGGUCUAUUUUUUUUAAACUAUAAGCAAUAGGUCAACUAUAUUUGUUGUAUGUAAGCAUUGUUAGCUGUACAUGUCUACCUGGCAUGGUUCAUCUGACCUUGAGCUCAUUUUCAUGGUUCAUUGAUCAAUGUUUAGUUUUCUUGGUUCAUGUUAAGUUUAUGUGACAGUCAUUAUAAACCUUAUAUUUAGGAGUAUCAACAUAAUAUCAAUGAUUGGUAAAGAAGGCGAGACAUUUCAGUGUGUGCACUCUUGUUUUCUUGCCAAUAAAUGAUGUUUGACUGUUAUAAAACAAUUAUAUAACCUUACCAAAUCCU